AGCUUUCCCGUCUUGCCCACACCUCACAUCUUCCAACUUGGUUUACAUCUCAUUGUGCUAGGCAGCCACAAACCUGUGCCAGCCAUCUCGGAUCGAUAUCUCGGAUCAAUUUCUCGGCUAAACCAAUAUGGCACCACCGUUACAUCGACGCGACGGGAAUGACGCAUUUGAUGCGUACACAGUGGGCGCAUCAGAAACCAAAGAUGCCAGUAAUUCGAUGGCACGUUGGCUGAUAGCUGUAAUCAUUAUCGGAGUCUUGGGCGUGACAUUUCUGGUCGUAUUCCUGGUAUUAUAUGUAACAAGGAGACGACAGCGACUUCAAGAUCAAACAGAUCCUCUCGGAAAAGGGUUUAAGAAACGGAGGUUGAAUCCGAGGGACAGGCAAGCAAUGGAAGAGAUAGAGAGGGCCACGAUGAUUCGGAAGUCCCUAGCGAGCCGGACUUCGUCACGAAACUCUCAGGUUUGGGGCUCGACAGAAUACCAAUUCCAAGAACUCGACCAAGAGGACCGAUCGGAGCCGGCGGCCCCAGCAGAAAAUUGGAAGGAGUUCGAAGCAGGUCAGAGGCCGGUUCCGGGUGUUCAAGACACACAGAUGGGAAUCCAUCCGGCUUUUCUACAGCAACCCCAAUUGACCGUUCCGCCGCCACCGCGAACCCCGUCUCCGAGCCGGGGACCACAACCACCUCGAUUAAUGAUCCCUUUAUAACGAGAUAAUGAAUUUACUAUAUUUACUAUUUUCUCGUAUUUCCCUUCAUCGACUAUUUCAGGUGGAUAUUGGAAGGGUUGACGGCGCAUAUUGAUUGAUACCAUGGGGACCAUGGGGGUCAUCUCGAAGGCGUUUUUAGGCGGAGCGAGCAAUGUUGACACAGUCAAUAUCUAGGGCGUAGGUGAAUUUUAAUUGAUAUAUUUUUGCGCUAUGACCAUUUAUCACGAUGGUAUUAGUGUUGAUUUAGAACUAUUCCCUUAAACAAUAACCACCUGGACAUUUAACCUACACUUAUCUGCAAUAUUGUAUGGAACCGGGGCUGGGAUACUGAAAUCGAUAAACGAGAUCUAGCUACAACUAUAUAUUUGACCGAAGCGGUAUUGGUCAACUGUGUCUAUAAAAUCGAUGUAUCUUGUAUAGUAGUUGGGGCUCACCUAAUUCAAGCCAAAUUGAACAAGGUAUGGCCCUCUCAUUCUUACCGAAUAUUCACAUUACCAGAAUGAGAGCAUGAAUUAAAUAUCAAACCAAUGCAGUGCAAGCCUAUAGCAUUAA